UCGGUUACCGUAAAAAUUCGGAAAACCAAGCAAUGUAAAAGAAACAACACAAUAUAAUAAGAACGUGUGCGAAAUUUAUUUGUAAAAAAUAUUAAUACUAAAUGGAUAUUUGUUCGUCAAAAAUACUUUGUAUACACGUUGAGUGAUUAGGAAAUAAUCUGAUCGAAUAACUGGGAUGCUGAGGUACCGAUGACAUGUGGGCGACGGUGGAGAGCGGCGGCGCCGAGCGCGCGGCGCCGUGUGCGCGCGGCAAGCACUCCGCCACGCUGCUGGGCGGCCACGUGUACGUGCUGGGCGGGCGCGGCGCGGGCGGUGCCGUGCCGCUGCGCGACUUCUGGCGCUACUGCCUCGCCACGGGGCGCUGGGAGCGGCUGGAGGCGCGCGGAGAGCCGCCGCCCUCUCUGCAGGAGCACAGCGCCACGGCGCACGGCACCCGCCUCUAUGUGUUCGGCGGAGAGGCAGGCGCGCUGUCCAGCGAGACCCCGCUCUGGAUAUAUGACACGGAGAGCCAGAUAUGGCGCAAGCUGGCCGGGCAAGCGGGCCCGCCGGCGCGCGGCCGCGGCGCCCGCAGUGGCGGCGGCGCCUGCGGGCCGCGCGGCCGGCGCGGGCACUCGGCGCACGCGCUGCGCGACUGCCUGCUGGUGUUCGGCGGGUACAAGGACCUGCGGGGCUCCACCAACGAGCUGUGGGCCUUUCACUACGAGUCGGAGAGCUGGCAGCAGGUGCGCACGAGCGGCGCGGGCCCGGCGCGCCACCGCCACGCCGCCGCGCUGCACGCGUGCCGCCUCUACGUGCACGGCGGCCAGAGCGACCUGCGCGCCUGCGCCGACCUGUGGCACUACGACACCCUGUCCCGCGUGUGGACGCAGGUGCGCACGCCACCCAAAUUGUCUCCGAGCGCACGCAGCGGGCACGCCGGCUUGCGCGCUGGAGCACAUCUGUACAUCUUCGGCGGAGAGACCAACGGGCACCCUACCAAUGAGUUGUGGAGGUUCCACUUCGCUACUGAGACAUGGGAGCGUAUAGUGCAAAGCGUCAAGUGGCCAUCAGCGCGCGUCGACAGCCGGGCUUUGCUCAUCGGCGGAGCGCAGUCGGGGCGCGUGCGAAGUGCGCCCAUAGCCCCUCUGGCUAGAACCGAGAGCCAAAGCCGAAGCAGAGCUGAAGCACCCGCGGGAUUCCUACGGGAGAUAUCUAAGCUAUCCAGCUUUCACAUCCGAAGAGCGGCUCGUUGCUCCUAUACAGUACUAGCCGGAGAUCAAGAUUCCACGGAAAGUCUGGUCAGGACUGAACACUCCUCCCUAUCCAAGUCUCGCUCGGCCUACGUCAUCGACGAAAGGCAACCGGCCGACGGCGACGAAGGCUCGCGCAGAGACGACGACACCGACGGGCGGCGAUCGGAGCUCUCCCGCGAACCGAUCUCGGUACCUGACUUCGCCGACAUGAUCCUGCCCACGCCGGUGCUGACACCCGCCGAAGCGACCAAACUGGUCUAUCUAGACUCUGACGAGGAGCAGGAUGUGAAACGAGAAAUAGCGGCGAUGAAACGUAGCACAAACGGAACUGCUACGAAGAACAAAAUCGUGCCGAUCUCCAAAUCGGCGUCCGUCAAAUUCACCAGAGAACCUUUCACCGAAACGACCAUUACGACCGAAGAUGAAGCAGACAUGUCUACCUCCGACUACGCCAGCGCCGAACGAGUCAACCGCCUGUCCGGAGCAUCCUCGGGCUUUAGUAACCCUCAUUAUUUAGGUCCGGAUAUAAGGAACUUAGGUUCCGCGCUAACCCCGGAUUCGGGCGUGGGUCCCGGGGACAUAGAACUGCAAGACUUGGGCGAGAGGCGAGCUCGGAGCGCUUCGAGAAACGGGGAGAGGCAAUUGCAUUUAUUAUUAGUAGGAGGCAAGGAGCCGCCGCAUUUGGCUUUGCUGCAAUGCCCUCUGUCGAUGUGGAGUUUCAAACUGCUGUAGGUCAUUGUGUACUCUCUUGUCGAUGUGGCGUUGCGACUAAUGUGGAUUUUACUACUAUUGAUGAUUAGUAUUCUCUGGAGAUAAUUGAUUAGCCUAGUGGUAAAAUCAUUAGGAUAUGCGGACUUUUGUUUGCGGUAUAUGUCUAACGGACGAUUACAAAACAUCCAGACAGAUGGACUUACAUCCGGAGUCCGGAUAUGCUCAGCCCACUGUAUACAAAUGUAUUAAUUAGGUGUAAUUUAGAUUAUUGACGUCCAUUUAUAGAAAUAGGGAGUGAGAAUCCUUUACGCGGUUUAUAUGUACCUACACUAAUGUGUUACCUUAAAAUUAACUAAUGAUAACCAGUUAGCCCAGCGACUUAUAAGAAAAGGAAGGUAGUUAUAUUCAUUACUGUAAUUAAGUAUGAGUUUACGGAAUAUGUCAUAUUUUUGCACGCUUUCUGAUUGAUACAUGAAUUAGCAAUACCAAUUAUUAGUUGGCCACCCUGGCCGCAUCGCAGUGCUGUGCGCUGGGAGAAGAACAGUAUGACGCGGCGUUUGGACACGCACAGAGGAGACUCUCUGAUUAAUUUGUUACUAGUUAUUCUUGAGGUGUUGCUUUGUAGAUUUGGUAUUUCGUGCUCUGGAGUUAGACGUGGUCUGCAGCCAGCCUUGGAUAUACGAUAUUCCCGCCAGGGUUAAAAAAUUGGUAUUAGCUCUACCUUAAGAAUAAAAUAAAACUCAAUAACAUUUACAGGUAAACCUCCACAUAGAUCCGAGGCUAUCUACCAUUUCGCUAAGUAAUUACAUUUGAUAUAUUUUUGAGAGACUAAUGUAAUUAGACUCUAGAUUCCAAAAUGCCCAUUAUUAUUAAGAAAUUUAUGUAUUAAAACUUGUAUUAUUAUUUCUUAUGUAGACCUACUUAUUAACUUCAAAGUCGUAUUACUCCUUGAGAG